GCGGCCCGAAUUUCUCUGUGCCGGAGCCAGGCGCUCAGGCGUCCAGGCCCCGUGCAGCGUUUCAUGUUGCUGAGUGUCUGCACAGUUUGCAAACUGGAACUUGGCAGAAUGGCUGAGACCUGCAAAAUGAAAUACACAGUGUUGGACAGCCCUUUGGGGAAGAUGGAGCUGUCUGGCUGUGAGCAAGGCCUGCAUGGGAUCCGGUUUCUCAGCGGGAAGACCUCAAACACCGACCCCACAGAGGCCCCAGCUACUUCUGAGGUGCUCGGUGGGCCAGAGGGAGUGCCAGAGCCCCUGGUGCAGUGCACAGCCUGGCUGGAAGCCUAUUUCCGUGAACCUGCAGCCACGGAGGGACUUCCCUUGCCUGCUCUCCAUCACCCUGUGUUCCAGCAAGAUUCAUUCACCAGACAGGUGUUAUGGAAGCUGCUGAAGGUUGUGAAAUUCGGAGAAAUGGUUUCUUACCAGCAAUUAGCAGCCCUGGCAGGCAACCCCAAAGCGGCUCGUGCAGUAGGAGGAGCGAUGAGAAGCAAUCCGGUCCCCAUCCUCAUCCCCUGCCACAGGGUGGUUCGCAGUGACGGUACCAUCGGCAAUUACUCUGGAGGAGGGCAGGCUGUGAAAGAGUGGCUUCUGGCCCACGAGGGCAUCCCGACUGGACAGCCAGCCUCCAAGGACUUGGGUCUGACUGAGACCUGGCUCAAGUCAUCCUUCGAGUCUACCAGCUCCAAGCCUUGUGGCCGAAAUUGAGUAACCGUUUGAAUGACACAUAGAUGUACCGCAGUGUUGGAAGCGGAUGUGUGGUGGUACCACUAUAUUAAAAGAGCUGCAUGUGUCCUGGGGGA